AUGAUUGAAGGCCAGAAGCCACAAGUCGACCAUCAGAGCACGCAGAGACACUUACCUACACCCCAGUCACAGCUGGAUGAUGCCGUUCAGCCUGAUUGGGCCUCUGGACCUAGCGCUGUUGAUGACGAGGGCACAAGACCAUCUACAGAAAGCACAGAGAAUCCAGAAAAUACGGCAAAAACGUGUGACACAACUAUUACACAUGAUCAAGAUAAGGCUGCAAGUACAGAAUGUUCAGUAUGCAACACCCAACCCGCGCCAGAUGACACUGGAUCAGAAGACGUGCCUAUCUUGGCGACCAGCACAAUGCAAUCAGCAGCUAUGCCAGAUACAAGCUGGUUUGACAGGAAAAAGUUGAAAAUGGAAGAUUUCAUCCUAACAGAUGGCGACUACAGAGUCCUAGAGCAAUUCCGAGAGCUGCAUCACAGUUUUCUGUCUACAGAUGGUCACACAUCAUUGAAGGAGCACUUCAAAUCCACAUUCUCAGCUAAGCCCGAACAGUCAAAGGUGGUUUACCUUGGCGUCACAAGUGAACCUGCAGACAGCAAGGACACCAUGAUCAAUGUGCUACGAUGCCUUCAUGCCCUGUAUGGCGUUGGCUCUCUCAUUACUCACCUGGUUGUAGUUGGGGAUGGGAAGACAUAUGACCAUCUGCUGUCGCUUAUCAGAGAGUACAGAGACGAAUUGUCAUGGUUAGUUCCGUUCCCAGGAGAUUGGCACCUCUUGAAGGCCAUGCACCCUGUGAUAAUGAAGAUUUACUGGGAUGCAGGAUUGAAGUCAAUGGCAUCAGCAAUGGGCUACCGUGGCGAUUUGCUGUCAGUAUUGGAGAAAGCCAGCAACUUCCGCAAGUGCCAUGAGUUCCUACUCCUCGCCCAUGAAGCGAUUGGAAGAAUCGUACUGAAGCAGUGUGGGAACCCACAGGCAACGCACUCUCAAUUGCAGGAAUUUGCAACUUCAAUGGCUGAAGGUGAUGACACAUGGAGGUUCUGGGCUGGGUUCUAUUUCGACCAUAUGAUGCCAUACACGAGUCUUUGGGCAGCAGUUCGCAGCGGAAAUUGGGAUCUGCGCGUAUCUGCGAUCAAAGCAGCGGCCCCAUUGUUCCAUGCAUUUGACAGGACAUAUUACUUGCGGCUCCUUCCUCAUCACCUGUCUCAUGUUGCAUCCAUGCCAGAGGCGAUGAAAGCACAGUUUCAAGCUGGUGCAUUCUCAGUGAGCCUAUCAUCAAAUGCGUUUAGCUCAAUUGGCCUGGAUGAAUGCCAUGAAAUGUGUAUUAACAAGGACCUGAAGGCGGCCAUCGUCCACCCACGUGCAGAAUACAUUGAUCGUCUGGCACGGUAUUUGCCGCAUCGUGGGCAUGUGCUGCACAAUCUCAAAGAUGAGCUGUUUCCUGAGAUACCUGAAGAGAAAAGGAGCAGCAGAGGCAGCCACAGCGAUGGACCUAGCAAGCAGCAGCAGGAGCGGCUGGAGAAUCUUAAAGCCGUCGUGGAGAUUAUUGAGAAGCACAAACUCUUGCCAGUGCCUGCAAGCAAUGGUAGAGGACUUGUGAACGUUUUCAAUGGUAUAAUUGCUACACCAGAACAGCUGCACGACAUGCUCCAGUUCUACACUAUUGGAACGGCAGACUACAAAGCAUACGUGGAAUGCCGGAUUAUGCAUCUUCCCUCAGCAAAUCCUCCACGUCGUCAACAGAAGCUUCGUACAUUUGCACCUGCAACAAAGAAGAGACGUACAACGAGCCAAAAGGAGAAGAAUGAUAAGCUACGCACAACCUGCCUAAAGCGCCGUAUAGCCUGGUCGCAAACGCAUGGCCUUGCUGCGUCAGGUAUUGGUGAGCAGAUUAUUCAAACACCAAGAGCACUGACUGAUGAUGACAUCACACCUCGGCGUGGAACAAAAUCCACAGUCACCAAGUGGUAUGGUGAUCGCUACCAGCAGCAAAACGUAUUGACCAGUCGCUUACCAUCAAGCUUCAGAGAAUCUCCACAUGCCAUUGUGUAUGACAGCAUGUUCUGGCUGGCCACAUCUCCCCUCUCCUCUCACAGCACGUUUGAAAGUUACGCCAACUUCCUGUUCAGUCGGUGGGUGAAAGGACCAUUCCAGCAGAAUGCGAACAGCAUCCACAUGGUAUUUGAUGAGCCUCAGCCCAUGAGCCCAAAGGACAUUCUGCGACAGGUACGAGAUGGCAGCAUCAAAGAUGAUUGCACACAGAAUCAUACAAAGCCAAUCGACAGCCAUGACUCAGUGCCGAAGAACUGGAAGAAGUUCAUCGGCUGCCGAACUUGCAAGUAUCGGCUGGUGCAGUAUUUGUGUAAGGCCAGUUUACAACUCGUGCACCACUUGUUCACCAAGCCAGAGCAACAGUUAGUAGUCUCUGGAGGUUUCACUGGCAACAUGAUGGGCAAGGCACUUGGCAUCAUUUCAGGUCAACCGAACGUAUUCGAGUUUGUGUCGUGCUCAAGCAACUCUGAUGAAGCAGACUCCAGGGUUUGGAAACACGCACUGAAUUUCCAGCAGUGCCUUGUUGUUAGCCCCGACACGGACACUUAUCACGUUGGCUUGCCACUUCUCACCAGUCAGACCAUCUUUGUGCAGCUAGACAUGCCAGGCAGCCAAGACCACAGCUUCAUCAGUGUCAACAGCUUGUCAAGUAGCUUCACCACCGAUCCAGACCUGCAAUGCAUUCCGGAAAAUCUGAAGCCGCUCACAGCUCAGGUUACCUUCAUCGCCACGGGUUGUGACUACGUGUCAUUUUUCCGGUCACUGGGCAAGACCUUCUUCUUCAGCACAUUGUGCAGGUACGCUAGCUUCAUCACUGGCAACAAUGCAGCUGAAGGUGUCCCUGGCAUGCUGUGUGACACUGAGUCAGAAGAUGGGUUUCUCGCGUUCGUUCGACUGGUUGGCUGUGCCUAUCAUUCCAAGCACACAGCUGGUUUCGAGGACAAUGGGCCCAGGUCGCUUCUAAGCCAGCAAGAUGGAGCUACUGCACAGCAACGUCACUCGGAAUGGCUUAAUGCUAUUAGGAAGGUGGUGUGGAGCAGGGUUGGACCUGAAGAAGACUGUCCUCCAUCAUGGAGUGCCCUUCACCUACAUUGGCAGAGAGUGUGCUGGGUCGCCAACAUGUGGGCGCAGGCCAAUGAAGAGACAGUAGUCACACUAGACCCUAACCAGUAUGGCUGGAGCACAGACAGCAACAACAUCAGCAUUGUGUGGGACACAGAGGAGCACAUGGCUGCUGUACAAUCCCGUGUAUUGCUGCUAACCCGUGGUUGCAGCUGCAAGUCAGGCUGUAACACUAAGCGCUGCAAAUGCUAUCGAUCUGGUCUGUGCGGUCCUGGCUGCAAGUGCACCGGAUGCAAGAAUAUCACGCCACUGAACAGCAAUGUCAAUGAUGGCAACAACAACCAAGCCAACUGUGAGGCACAGGACUCCGAGGGUGAUGAUCAUGACGAUGAAGAGGAGGAUGAUGAUGAUGAGGAGGAUGAUGAGGAGCACGAGGAUGAUGCGGUUUCUCCUGCUGCUGCUGCUGCUGCUGAUGAUGAUAAUGAUGAGGCAACUGUCCACUGUGGCGACGCUGUUCUUCAUGCGCAAUCAGCACAUCUGGCCGUCAACACCCCUACAGAAGUACAAGAGGAAUACAUGGAAGCCUGAGUGUGCGCUCUUCUGGAAUGCUGAGCCGGAGUCCAUGUAAGUUUCCAUAAAACAUCUUAUAGUACACUAUAUAUUUAUAUUGCGCGCGCGCGCGUGUGUGCGGUGUGCGUGUGUGUGCAUGCACAUGUGUGUGUAAGUGUGUAUAUGGUGUGUGAUGCUGAAUUCGAAGACACAUGCUCUCACAAUGCACUCGCACGUGCUGCGGACGCUGAGUCUCCAGCUCUUGCUUUUCUUUCCCGCCCUGCACUUCCGUGCAGUUGUGCAUAACUACAUAAAAAGUUUCUUCGACUAUGUACUCCAUCUAUAAUUAUGUAAUGAACGUCCUACCAUGGUACAUUAUACAUACAACAGAAACUGCUCAACAG